AUGGCCUCCGUGUCGAACGCGUUCGACCUCCUGAAGCAGGCGGGCAGCAUCCCCGUGGAGGGCACGAGCAGCAAGAAGAAGAAAAGGAACAAGAAGGGCGCCGCCAAGCCGAACGAUGCCCCCCAGGCCGCCCCCGCGCCCGCGGCGCCCGUGCAGUCCAGGCCGACCGCGGCGAUGAAGCUGACCGUCAGCGAGGCCAAGGCCGAGCUGGAGACCUUCGCCGCCGAGUGGACGGGCCCGCAGCGCACGAAGCUGUGGCGCGAGUGGUCACGUCAGCUGCAGGACCCCACCACGCAGGUCACCUACACAGCGCCCGGUUCCUCCGACGCCGUGCCCUUCUCCGCCGUCCUCCUCGACAGCGAAGCGCUGGACAUCUCGCUCGAGGCCUGCGCGUCCGAGCAGCUCAGCGCCGCGGAUGCCAACGCCCUGAGCUCGCUUCUGCAAGCAGCGCUGGGCGCGGACGUUGCGAUCGCCGGUGCGGUCGACGAGCUCGCCGCGGGCGUGCUCCGGCUCUCCGAGGCGGCCUCGAGCGACGCCGUCGAGGUCGGCUCGGCGCGCCACGCGAUCCGCAGCACGACGCGCGCUCUCCGCGGGCUGGCGCGUGCGCUGGCGGCGGCCCCGGGCGGCGCGGGCGGGCGGGACCCGGCGGCGCGGACGCGCGCGCUGGACCUCAAGAUCGACGCGACGGUCGGCGUGAUGCAGCGCGCCGCGCAGAACAACUCGUCCGUGCGCGAGCAGGCCCGUCUGUCGGGCGACCUGCUGUCGAUGUACUCGGAGCGGGUGGCGCUCGCGUCGGGCGGGCCGAGCGUGCCGGCCGGGGUGCGGCACGAGGUGGCGGCCGACGCCCCGCGCGCCGUCGAGGCGAUGCGCGCGGUGCUGUCCGGCGGCGCGGCGGGCGGCGGCGGCGCGAAGGCGGCGGCGGCGAAGAGCGAGGCCGCGCGGCUGGACCGCGAGGAGGCGGAUUUGGUGCGUCAGGCCGCGGACCUGCAGCGGCAGCUCGACGGCGUGACCAAGAAGCUCGCGGCGGUGCGGCAGCAGAAGCAGCGCGUGUCGCGGCAGGGCGGGGGGCGCGGCGGCGCGGCGGCGGCGCAGACGCUGCCGAUGCAGCUGGCCGGCGCGGACGCGCUGGACGCGGCGCUGCAGAUCGCGGCGCAGGCGAUGGGCGGCGCUGCGCCGGCUCCGACGACGGACGCGCCGCCCGUCGCCCCGGACGCUCUGCUCGCCGUUGUCGACAAGCACAUGGCGCUCCGCGCGCAGCAGCUCGAGGAAGUGCGCUCCUCGCUGACGUUCUGCGUCGAGCGCAUCCCGAAGGCGCAGGCGGCGCUUGAGACGGCGCGGCGGCAGGGCGCCACGGAGCUGAUUCAGCGGCAGGAGCAGCACGUGCGGGAUUUGGAGCGCCGCCUCAACACGGUGGUCAGCAACGCGAAGGAGGUGUGCAAGGGCGCGGAGAAGGCAUUCAGCGCGCUCGAGAGCGCCGCGGGCGCGCUCGGCGGCGCCGUCCAGGAGGCUGUGCCGCGUUGCCACGCCACGCUGCGCCGCGUGCGGCAGGACGCGGAGAGCAUCACGGCCACCGCGACCGCCGCGCUCGAGGGCCGCCUGCCCGCCGCCGCGCCCGCCGCCAAGCCCGCGCCGGCCGCCGGCGCCGCCGAGGCGGCCCGCGUCGCCGACCUGGAGCGUCAGUUGGCGCAGCUGGAGGCGCGCAUUGAGGCCGAGAAGACCGAGUCGACGCCGCAGCGUGCGCCGAGGGGCAAGAAGGGCAAGGGGAAGGGUGGCGCCGGCGCGGCGCCGGAGGCGAACGGGGGCGGGGCCGCGGCGGCUGCGCCGGCUGCUGCGGUGGCGGCGCCCGCGGAGGCCCCGCCUGCGAUCGAGAAGGCGGGGAGCGGGGUGCCGGUGGCGCCGGCGCCGUCGAUGGAGCCCGCGCCUGCGCCGGCGAAGCCGGCGUGGGGCGGCUGGGGUGCGUCGGCGGGCGGGAGCAAGCCGCUGCCGCCGUCGGAGGGUCCGUCGCUGGCGGAGAGCGCGGCGAUGGCGCAGAAGGGCGGCCGGCGCAAGUAG